UAUGGGCAUUUUGUUUAUAUUGUUCCGGCAGAAAAAAUAAAGAUUUUUUCCGAAAACAUAGUUCACAAUGACAAUUCUAUACAAAGUUCAAAAUUCAUUGGGCACCAAGGAUGGCUAUCUUUUACCCAACUGUGUAUUGUGCAAACUAUCGGUCAAGAACAUCGUAGCCUAUUGUGUUCACCAGAAUUUGCAGAGUACCCUUUCCGUAUGCGAUUUGGUUACACCUUGGAAAAGUUUCAAGUUGACGACAUCAAAGAACUUGAUAACUACUUUGGAAUGGAAUCAAACGGGAGAACUAUUAUUGGUUGGCUAUAAGCAAGGUGUUUGUGAAAUUUGGAAAACACGAAAUCAUGACAUUAAUAGCUGGAGACUUUUGUAUAAGGCCAAUUUGCCAUAUGAGGAGGUGAUACAGGCCAAGUUUUUCCACAACGGCAGGCAAAUGUAUUUCAAUACUCACAAAAAGGACCUGCAGGCAUAUGCGGAUAAAUUUGAACGUUCGGAUUUUCGUCCAUCCCUAACACACUUUGGCAAUACCCCCGUUGAAGGAUGUUUUGUUUUGUCCUCAUCAGGACUAAUGGGGGCUUUUGCUAUACCAAAACUAAUGCCUCCAAUGGCAGAUGCUGCGGGUAAUGCUGCCAUACAGCCUGUGGAACUAAAUAUGCAUACCUACAGUUUGGAACUCUCACGUUCCUACAUCACCCACAGCUGUGUGGGCUAUUGUCCGUCGGGGAAUUUGAGUGUGGUCGUCAGCUCAUGGGAUGAGCCCUUAAUUAAUUGCUACAAAGUGGCUGUAGAGAAAGAAAAUGAAGAUUCCCUGGGCCUAAAAUGUGGAUCUUUGACAAGCGUUUUCCUGCAAAAGGACGAUAUGGAAGGGAAAAAGGUUUCACACAUUCAAUGGCGAGCCAUCAAUGGAGAUGAGGUACUAUUUGUGGUUUAUGAUUAUAUGGAGGGCAGCUUUUUGGAACAAUGGAUAUUAACGAAAAAACACCAGCCUGUACACAAGUUGUUACAAAAGAAUAAAAGCGAUUUUGUCCAAUGGGAACAGUGGGAAAUAGCAGCAAAAUUAUCGCUUACAUCUCGAGUGUGUGACGUUUGCUUGACCAAGCUGCCUUCGGAGUCCAUUUUGUUGUUUGCCACUCUGAGGGAUAACUCUGUGCAAGUUCUUGAAAUGGGCCUGAAGAAAGUUGCCUCCACAGUAUUUGAAAGAAUGGCGGACGACCCGCAAAGGUUUCCUUGCAAAUUGAUGACAGCCGAUGUUACGUUUCUUAACCAGCUCUUGGUUUUGUUUGACAACUUGGGCCAGAUGUAUGCCAUGCAGGUGCCACAUUAUGAUAAGAAUUUUAAAAUGAAUCCCUUAUCACUGCCAGCGGCAUUACUAGAAUACAGUAUUGUGACCGGCAUUGAUGCUAGCGAUGUGUUGCUGCUUAACCUGCCCAAUUUGGAAGUGCUGGCCGAAAAAAUCACCGAAAAUUUCACCAGGCAACACAAUUUUACACGCCAAUUCUACUACUCAAACUUUCUAUCGCUGAAAAGCAACCUUUGCCGCAUACAAACAAAGCAACAGGACUUUGAUAAUCUUAUAACACUGCAUUCCAUUUCCAUAGCCUUCAAGAGCUUGUUGAGACCCUCGGAUUUGAGUUCACAAGAUAAAGGGCCAGCUGAAAAUCUCUCGAUGAUAUUGUCGGAUCCCAACCCACAGUAUAAUGAUGUGGACAAAGUGUUGUGUGUCCUCGAUGCCAAGGACUUUACUGUGGAGCCUACCACAUUGCAGAGUUUGCAACAACUCAUACAAUGGGUGGCAGAUUUAGCCUUGAGUAUUUUAAACAAACUACCCGAGGAAAUUAUGAAGGCCAAGUUCAACAAGAAGCAUGGAUAUGACAUAAGCCGAGAUAUGAUUGCCAUAAGCAGCAUUAGAGAACUGUUGGUAAUGAUACGUAUUUGGGGCUUGCUUAAUCCUCAAUGUUUGCCUAUUUACACAAAAUCUGUGGAAAAUUUCGAUGUACUUCCUGUGCUCUUUCGUUUGCUCACUCGGCUCUAUCAGAAUCCCAAUGAACCAGAUGAUGUUUUAUUGGACGAUUGCAGUGUCCUGUCCACUCAAGUUCUUAUACCCAGCCGUCAUUCCAAUGCUCCAACCACUUUGUUAAAUAGUCACGCAACGGCCAAACUAUUUCCAUUUGUUUUCCAAACGGCUGUAGAGCCUCUGGCUUUGCAAGAUCUGCACAUUGACGAAGUGGUUUUUGCCAACAGUUGCCGUGAUGAUGUAAGCAAUUUACACUUGGGCUCAAAGGUGAAGAGUGUGCGAAAAUGUAUACGUUGUGGAUUUAUUAACAACAUCAAUAAAACAGCAAAGACAGCAGCUUUGAAGGCAUGGUGCCAAAGGUGGCAAUACUGUCAUUGUGGAGGGUUUUGGCUUACUGUUUAAGAGCGAGUCGAGGGCAGAGCCCCUUUUUACAUAUGUAAGGCAAUGUAAUUUAAAAAUUAUUUUUACAAAUAUAUACUUCUUUCAAUUACUACA